AUCGGCCGUCCUGUUCUAUCUGGCAACGUCGCAGACCGAACGAUGAGGCAUGGAAACGCACAAUUUAGACACCGCCUCGGACUAUCUUAACAAGUUACUGCUUGCCCGUGGGCUUCUCAGGAAUGGCAAACCCAUCGAUUUCGCCGAGCCGACAAGGGCAUCGGAUGGCGUCGAUGGUACCAUGACCCGGGUCAUUAAUCUGAUUCACGACCUAAUAAUAAGAAGAGAUCGAGAAGCCGAACAACACGAGAAUCUGGCCAGUAUGAUUCGGAAUCUCCGGAAUACAGAAGCGAAACAAACUGUUGAGAUUGAACGUCUAGAGGCCAAGGUGCAAGAGCAAGGCCGCUCUCUCGCGCUCACCGAAGGACAGGAACGGGUCUUCAAGGCCAACCUUCGAAACGCAGAGGGAACGAUACGAAAGUUGAAAGAACAAGUCCAGCGGAUGAAGUCUACUAUCCAGCAGAUACGAGCCCAAUACACCACCGAUAUCCGAAAGCGUGAUCUCGAGAUACAGAAGCUGAAGACUCGCGUGACCGAGCGGACUCGCGGCAAGAAAGACGGGCCAGGAGUCACAACGGUUACCAUCAUACCCCCGCCGAAGCCCACUAUUUCUCGGCAGAAGUCCAGCGAAGGUGGAGAAGGGGUGGAUACUCCGGGAUAUAGUCUUAAGGAAGAAACAACGGAAUUUCUCACCCAGCUCUGUCAAAACUUGAGCGACGAAAACGAUGCUUUGAUACGCCUGGUGCAAGGCACCAUAAAGACCUUGAAGGAGCUUCAGGGCUUGAGCGAAGCAGAUGCAAACGAUAGCACUUUGGGUCCAGAUUCCCUCGAGCCAGAAUCGGACCCGCUAGUCGGACCGAUGCCCCCAUAUGAAACCCUCUCACAAGAGAUGUCCUACGUGCUUGACCAAUUAAGAGCACUCUUGACGAAUCCGUCGUUUGUUUCUCUCGAGGAAGUCGAGAUUAGGGAUAACGAGAUAUCCCGUCUGCGGGAUGGCUGGGAGAAGAUGGAAGCAAGAUGGAAGGAGGCCGUGGGAAUGAUGGACAACUGGCAUAAGCGUAUGGCAUGUGGUGGUGAUGGCGUCAAUAUAGAUGAACUGAAGCGGGGGAUGAAGCUGGGGUCUAGCACUGACCAUGGUGUCGCCCACCGAGUGCCAGACACGCACGGAUCGGAUGGCAGGGGGAACUCGCGAUGAGCGACUUUGGAGGAGGCAUCCAUGGAUGCCUAGACUGCGUGAUGGCGAGCGCAAUCGUAAGUCAACGAGGAGGAGGAGGAAUGGUUCGAGUGGCGCAAUCAACCCACUCAUGAACUGCUUCCUUGAACUUUCGAUGCACGAGUUUUGCCAAAGUGACUCCAAAGACUCAAACCCAGUCCUCCAACGACAAAACCCAACAAUGUCGUCAACUUUACAGCUGCCAACAAAAAAAAACAAAUUUUGGCAGUCGACAUCUGAUGCGGCUUUUGCGACGACUUUGAUUCUAAUAAUGCUUGUUCUACAGGGCCCGACCUUUGAGUCAAUGGUCGCCACACCCUCUCCAGCCGUGUGGUGUGACACAACAUCGGUUGGGGAUUCAAAACACAACCAAAUUGGUCCAUGGAUACGGAGUAGAUAGUUGCCAUUCACGACUGAAGAGGUGGGAAAUAUUUGCAGGAUUGAUUUCUGUUUUGCUUUUUCGAUGGCCAGUAUCCCAAUCUGACCUCCGGGCUGCAUCGUGAGUUUUGUCCCCCUUCUCUGGAAGAGAUAUAUGAACCCCCCUCCUUCCUUCCCCCCCCCGGUUUUCCCCUACCUUGGUAUUCCGCAGAAAUGCAGAGCAGGUCCCUUAUGCUUCCCUCUCCCCGACCCGAAUUGCAUGUACAGUAUAUAAAUUUGGAUCUUGAGAUGAGA